UUUGAGAGGCAAUGCUUAUAUCUGUACAAAAUAUCCUGCAGAGGCUAAAGUUCGUUUAAUGAACGAAUACUUUGUGACAAAAAUAAUUUUUGAACGACAGGGAAGGAUGUACUGUUUACAGUGGUUAAUUCCUGUGCUUCUUAUACCAAAACCUGUAAAUCCAGCACUACUUCAGACUCAUGUUAUGUUUAUGGUACUGUAUCUAAUAGGAUUUUUUUUGGAGCGAAAACCAUGUACAAUUUGCAGCAUAGUUUUUCUUGCUGCUGUUUUUCUUAUUUGCUACAGUGGUGUUGGCAAUUGUCUAUUUUGGAACACCAACUGUGAUACUAUAAGGUGUGACAAUGGUUAAUGUUGACACGAGUGAUUUAAUAAACAAUGUAGUUGUACAAAUGAAAAGUUGGAAUACUUAUUGCACAAGAAAAUGUAUAAUUCGUAAUUUUAAUUGUCAUGCAACAUUUUUACUGUUAUGAUAUAUUAAAAUAUACUGUGAUGAAAAAGGAUUAUGAGACUUUCAAAACAUGCCAUGGCAAAACUUAUCUAAUGUUUCUAAAUGUAUGUAGUAAAUAUCAAGUAAUGACUUAUUUCUUUUCUAUUCUGAUACAUAGCAUAUUGUCUAAACAUCUACCUGUAUGCCGUCUUAUGCCUAUACUUUUAAUAUGUGCAGUGUAGUGGAGAUUCUAAUGUUAUAAACAUAUAUAUGUUAAUUUCAUGUAGUCUAUGAUUCCUGUACUGCACUGUGCAUGAAUAUACUAGCCUAAUUUGUAAAUUAUAUACUGCUAAUGAAUUGCAUAUAACUACAUAAAAAUAUUUUUAUUGUAA